GGCGGGGCUUCAGUAACUACGAACCCCCGCCGGUUCCUUGUUUUCUUAACCUUUCGGACUCUCCGGACGCUCCGCUCGGGUUCGGGCUUCGCUUUGCCACAGAGAACCGCUCGAAUGUCAAAGUUCUCCGAACUUUUCCGGCGACGCGGGCCCGCGGGCUCGGCGGCGCCUCGGGGCGGGGAGUAACGGUCCGAGAGCUAGCUUCGUCACAGCAACAGGUCCGCCGCGGCUCCGCCAUGGAGCGCGGCUGCCUCCCCAGGUACUCCUGGAUCGACUUCUUCUUCUCCGUCAUCGGGGUCUGCACCUUCCUGCUGGACUGCGGCUCCGACCUGUGGGUGGCCGCCGAGUUUUACUGCCGCGGGGACCUUUCCUGGUUCGGGGUGCUGGUGGGCCUCAUGGUACUGUCCUCGGUCGUGGUGCAAAUGUUCAGCUGGUUCUGGUUCGUGUAUGACCGGAAGUUGGAGGGCUUCGGGAGCCAGGUGGGGGCCAGCACCGUACUAUGCGGGGACCGGGUGCUGAUCUUCUGCUUGCUGCACGUGCUGCAGCUCGGCUUCUUCUGCAGGCACAUCUCAGCCAUCCGACAGGGUUUCAGGGUGUGGUGGAGGAAGGAGGAGGGCUCGGAGUACGCCAUCUACCUCACACACGAUCUGAGCAUGCUCCGUUUGAUCGAGACUUUCUGCGAGAGUGCGCCUCAGCUCAUCCUGAUGAUGUACGUCAUGCUGUCCACAAACAAGGCCCGGGUCGUUCAGUUUGUGAGCGUGGCUGCCUCCACCACCUCCAUCGCCUGGAUGGUUCUGGACUACCACCGCUCGCUGCGCUCCUUCCUCCCCGACAAAGCCCAGCAGGGGUGGGGCUCGUCAGUGGUCUACUUCCUGUGGAACCUGCUGCUGAUUGGUCCGCGUGUUGCGGCUCUCGCCCUCUUCUCUUCCGUUCUACCUUGGCUCAUUGCCGCCCACUUCCUGCUGCUGUGGAUGGCCUUUGUGCUGUGGGCGUGGCAACAGCAGACAAACUUCAUGGACAGCGCUGGGGGGGAGUGGCUGUACCGGGCCACCGUCGGGCUCAUCUGGUACUUCAGCUGGUUCAAUGUGGCGGAGGGCCACACUCGGGUCAGAAGCCUCAUCUACCAUUCCUUCAUGACGGCGGACUGUUGCCUCCUGCUGGUCACCUGGUGGUGCCUCAGGGAUGCGGCGCAGACCGAGGUGUACGGCCUGGCCCUGAUCAUUGCGCUGCCGCUCACCUACCUGCUCGGGCUGCUCUUCAAAGCCAUCUACUACUGCUGCUUCCACCCCAAACUGUGGCGGCCCCCGCCCACGGAGGAGGGGGUGCCCCACGACCGGCCAGACUCUAAGGUGACCCUCAGAUCUUUCUCCAUCCAGGACGACAGCGCCUCCGCCUCAGUCCUCAACAGGCGCAUGGCCCACCACGCCGCCCACUUCUACUAAAGGGGCGGGGGCCACACACUCGGUCGAGUCGUUUCCACUGCGUCCAGACUUUUUCCCGUUAGUGCCGCCUGAUCUUCCACCUGCACAUAGAGGCGUUCCUAUGAGCAGCAAAGAACAACUCAGGAGUUUGUUUAUACAGUUUUUGAAUGAAAUCCCUGAACAUUCAGGUUGUCUGUAUGUUAAAGGAUGUGUUCAUGAAUGUUUGGAAAAAUUAUAUAUAUUUGUACCUGAAAUGACAAUAAAAAUAUGGGAAAAAA